AUGGAUCAAUCAGGGGGUGAAGAUGGAGGAGGCAAGAAGAAGGGAUUUAGCAUCCCCUCCUUUGAGGAAAUGCAUAGCCAGGGCUCUGCCGCACCACAGCCCACAAUUGAUUUGUUCGCAGCUUCCCGAACUUCCAAUUCCUCGACUUCGAUGACAUUUGCUUCUUCUCUGGAGCCGGCAGGGUCAUCUUCUUCCGAAUCUGUAGUCCGCAGUUCUCACUUUUCAACGUCGCUCGCCCCCGUCUCGCCUUCAUUCCUCCGCCGUAGUGGAUCGGCGACAUCUGCAUCCUCCUCCUCCACAACGCUCGCCACCAGUACCUCGACAUCGGCUUCAUCGACAAGCGCAGGCGGUGCGGGCAGUGCCACCACCGCGGUGGCCAAGUCUCGCUCCAGCUUCUCAGCAUCUGCGCUGGUCACCAACGAUCCAUACGCGCUCAGCUCCCCCACCAUGCUCAACGCCCUUCUCGCCGCACACCCCUCACCCGCCGCCGGCGCCUCGUCCUCUUCUUCUUCGUCUACACGCGCCGCAGCUCCCUCUCGCGGAUUCGGCCCGCCGCCAGCGCCCGCAAGCACGAGCUCGUCGUCUUCUUCUGCCUCGUCCGCCUCGUCCCCGUACCAGGACUUGAAUCCCUACAGUGACGGCCGCCGAGGGCCUUCGCGGCCGCUGCUGGUAAGCACGAGACAGCGCGGCAAUCGCCUGCUCAAGUAUCUGAACAAUGUCAGGUGGGAGUACUCUGAAACUGUGCUGCCAGACUAUGUGAUGGGCGGGCAGGCGUGCGCUCUUUACCUCAGCAUCAAGUAUCACUUGCUUCAUCCGGAGUACAUUCUGACGCGAAUGCGACAACUGGGAAGCAAGUUCAACCUCUCCAUUGUCCUGUGCUUGGUCGACGUCGAGGGAAGCACUCAGCCUCUCGAGGAGCUGAUGUUGCUCUGCACCAACAUGGGGUUCACGCUGAUCUGCGCCUGGAGUCUGGCCGAGGCGGCUCGAUACCUCGAAACCUACAAGGCCUACGAGAACAAGGGCGCCAAGAUCAUCAAGGAGCAAGUGCAGAGCGGCAAUCCGUACGCGGUGCUGUCGGAUUGUCUGACGGCGGUGCGCGGGGUGAACAAGACCGACGUGCUCACGCUCUCGUCGACCUUUGGCUCACUCAAGAACAUCAUCGACUGUUCCAUGGAGGAGCUGUCGCUGUGCCCCGGCCUCGGCCCGCGCAAGGUGAAGAACCUCUACGAGACCUUCCACGCCCCGUUCGACCCCACCAAGAAGAAGAAACAGAAGACCGAGGCCCAGAUCGAGUCCUUCCUCAGCCGCAAGGUGCGCACCAAGAAAUCGGUCGGCACCGAGCCGGAGCAGGCCGCACCGACAUCGACAUCAACUACCGCCGCCGCUUCUGCGAGCAAGGGCAAGGAGAAGGCGGACGACGACGAACUCGGCACAAACGAAGACGAGGCCAACCCAUGA